ACAACAGCAACAACAAUACAUUCCCACUGUUUUUGAUAUUGUUCUUUUGUUCAUAUUUAGGGUUAAUUAGACAUUUUUCUGCCCAUUCACCUCAAUGGCAAAAAAAGUGUCUUAAUUUACCUGAAAGCACCCUAAAUAAUGAAUGACACCAUUAAUCUCACGUUAAUUUCCCAAAAUGCUAAAUCUAACCUAGAUAAAGAUGCUGACAUGUAUUUCAUUGGCACAGCUUGAGAAAGCAAUUAUCUUUUGUGGUUGUGUGGUGUCUUCAGAGGACGUGAGAAAAUAAGCCUCAUUGGUUCAUUUACAUCACUGUAUGUCUAUUCUGUCUGUCAGUCCGCUUAAAAAUGAAAGAAGGUCAAAGGGAUGUGGCAAACAGUUACUUCAGAAACAGAUGAUGAAGUUGAAUGACAACAGCAAUCUGAGACAAUCAGUAUUGCAUAAAGGGAAUCUGUUACUAUGACACUGGACAGAACUAGCGUCUAAUUUAAGACGAAUGACUAAUAUUAGCCAGUCAGGGUGAUUCCCUUCAGAACCAUUACACUUUAGCAUUAUUAUUAUUAUUAUUAUUAUUAUUAUUUUUAUUAUUCUAAGUAAUGCCCGAUGGUCCCAGCUAUCUGUGAGCUCAAGCGCAGUGAGCUAAUAGUGUCUGUCUCCUCCUUUUUUUUAAGGGGAUUCUCAGCAUUAUUGCAAUUCUCUGAAAUCUAUUAGCGAUUAUGGGGGUGUGCAAGCGUUUUCGGGAUUUUUUUUUUCUUUGACGUGUAAUCAAGAGAAUCAAGGUAGUCGCUGUCACUUCCUCUGUCAGCACUAUAAGAAGACUGAUCAGUGCUGAAGCUAUGAAGACCAUCUCAGCAUCUGCAGAGCUCAGGAGGAAUCAAUACGACCAACAUGAGGACUUUCAUGCUCUUGGUGCUCACAAUUGUAGCGGUUACUGAAUCGAAACGCGGAGUGGGAGAAAUUCUCCUAAUGGAAAUUAUAGAUGAUGUGGACCAGAUCCUAAAAAGUUCAUCUCUGAAAUCUUUGAACAACCAGUUUGUAAAGGAGGUAUUUCCAACAAGCUGCUCUGAGAAACACCUGUGCCAAGCAGCAAUGGUUAUGAUAAACACACCUCUGAACCACUCCAUGCUACAUAGACGACUGUUUGCCUACGCAAAUUAUUCCGGGCACCAUCAAUGCAACGUUUCAGCUUCGGACGAACACAAAAUGAAUUAUUUUCUCAAGGACAUCAAAAAAUGCUGCCAAGAACUCUCUUAUCAGUUAAAGCAGAGAAAAAACAAGAAAUGACUGUUUUCCGCUGAUGAAGACAAUAUUAUAUUAUUAUUUUGUAUGCAACAUUAAUAUUAAAUUAUUUUGUAUUAAAUACAUAUGUAUUUAAGCAUAUUUAUAUAUUUAUUGUAUUUAUGAAUAAAAUUAU